AUGCCGACUCCAAUCCCCCACUUCCUCCUCCCCCGAGGCCUCCCCAGCGCCCGGACCCUCCGCACCCUCCAACACCAGCACCGGAGCCUAAACUCCAAUUCCAGCCCCCGCAGCUUCUCCACCACCAGCGCGGUCUCUCGCAUGAACAAGAAGCCCGAGACAAGGAAGAGUCGCAUCCUCGAAAAGCCGGACAAGUUCCGUCCGCCAUCGCACCCCCAGCGUCUGGUUACCCCGGUCGCGCGCACACCGGCCGGACAACCGGUCAACUAUGGACCGAGUUUGACGGCCGCGGAGCGCGAGGCGCAGAACAAGAAGCAGUACCCGACUAUGUUCCCGCCGGAGGGGACGGUUAUGUUCAAGUUCUUGACGAGUCGGUGGAUUCAUGUCUGGAUUGCGAUGAGCAUCCUUACCACCCUCGCCACAUUCACCUUCACCACAAACUUCAAAGCUACGUCUCCCUUCGCACAUCUUCUUCCCUCCUGGUCGAGUCUUUUCACAAGCCCCUUCGACACCAUUUCGCAAGCCCUGAGCAUCUACCGCAUGCACGUGCAGCACGAGUCUAUGCGUGUGCGCGAGAAGCGCCACGCCCGGAUCGAGGAUGCUGAGAAGCGGAGACAGUACCGCAUUGCGCAUGGGCUUGAGGAGGCUGCUGAGGAGGAGAAGGAGGGGCAGCAGGCUGCUGUUGUUGAUGAUCAGAGUCCUAUUGCUGUUGAUGCUGCCCCUGCGCAGGGCGAGUACGUGGACUUCGAGGGAAACAAGAAGCCUGUUAAGAAGUGGCUUGGAAUCUGGUAA